UCAUAUACUCCUACUCCGCCAAAAAACACUAGAACAAUUUAAAUUUCAUAAUCUUUCUUUUUCUUGUUCUUCCAGAGAGGUUGAACCACGAAAAUCUUCAAAAAAUGGCGACACCAAGAGUCGACAUGAAAGGAUAUUACAAGCAGCAGAAAAAGAAGAAUGCUUCUAAAAUUUCUAAGCCUUCUACGAAAUCUGGUAAAAAGAAGACGACUACUCCUUCUCAAUCUCCUGCUCUUGUUUCUAACCAUGGCUCCUUUGAUCUGCAAGAUGAUUAUGAUCCGAAUGAGGAGGUGUUGAGGCAAUUCGACAUGAACGCAGCGUAUGGACCUUGUAUGGGUAUGAGUAGACUUGAUCGAUGGAAUCGUGCUGUAAAAUUGGGAAUGAAUCCACCCAAAGAGAUUGAAACGCUUUUGAAAUCGAAUGAGGUUCAUGCUGAAUCCUUGUGGAAUGGUUUGGUUUAGACUUGUUAGAUUAUCAUUUUGUGGUUUGUGUCAUCUAAGAAGAUACUUUCUUGCUCUUUGAUUUUCAGCUUUCUCAGCUAUUUAUCACAUUGAUCCAUCUGAUAUUAGUUCAUGGUUGUAACAUGUAAUCUAUUGACUGAUGUAAUCUUCCUUUCAUACUGCAAAAUUAAGGCAGCAUCGUAUCGAUUGUAUUGUAAAGAUUUACAAAUUUAUCGAAUCGGUAUUACUCACAUCGUUAAGGUGUAAAUAAAUUGUAUCUUAAGUUGCUGUAAGUGUUAUUUCGUGUUUAGGCCGAUAUUUCGCGGUACGGCAACUACAUCAUUUUCAUUACCACAUUAUCGUAUC